AUGGAGGGACAGAUAAAGUGUAUAUUCUAUAGUGAGUUCCAUAAUACAUUCGGUACAAAGAUAUUCUAUCAAUAUCCAGAAGGGUUCAUAGCAAACGAUGUAUUUGAAGGUAUAGCAGAGUUCAUUAUACCAAAGCCAAAGCUGUGUGGCAAGGUGAUCACAUUGACAGCAUUCGAUUAUAAGAUAUUGGGAUUCCCAGUCUUGUUACAAGAUGUCAAGUAUCACAGGAAUGCUCUACUAUUCAACCUAGCAAUGGUCUUUGACAAACGAACAGAUACAACAAUCUAUCACAACAUCAUUCUAAAACUUGGUACCAAUCUAAUGGCAUUGGAGAUGGAAACAGAGUACUUGUUCAAUCAAACAAAGGUACGAGAUCAACCGGACAUGACAAAGAUAUUGGAGACAUUGUAUAUAGAGUUGAAUCAUUAUGGAGAGAGUACGAUAACAGUGGAUGACGCAAACACGAUUAAUGUAAAGUUGUUCCAGAAACCUGUUGAUCCACCAGAGAUAUUGGAUCACAUGGUACCAGUGUUGAUCGCCGAGAUCGACACUUCCAAUGCAUCUGAAUGGGACUUGACCCUCCUACAGAUACUACCAUACAUUGAUGGCGUCAACUACGUCAACCGAAUUGCUAAACUAUGUGAGAUCGAUACCAACUUGGUCAAGAGUUGUAUACAACAUUUGGUAUAUUAUGGCAUUGUAAAGAUGGUGGAUAUAUUCCAGUAUUCAAAUAUAUAUAAUCCAACACCUUUAAUACGUAAGCUGGCAAGUAAUCUGGAUAUGCAACGUGAAUGUACAGAAUUUAUUAAGUUGCCUGGAUCGGACAUCUGUGGCUUCGAGACCAUCUUCACACUCUACGCAUCAAUGAGCAAUGAUACACCAUUCAGAGAGUACUGUUCAGAGAAUGAAUUGACAUCAUUUGGUAUCGAUGAAAGGAGCUUCAUUAUAUUUGGAGUAAUCAAUGGGUUCUUGAGGAGGAAGCAAAAAUAUCCAAUACUUAACAACUUGAAGGCAUUGGAGAAGUUGGCCCCGAAUGACAAGAAGAGACUACUUGAUGGAAACAAGAGUAUGGAUGAAAUAUGUUGUAUCCUAUCAGUUGGUAUGGACUCUGUGGAGAGGUUGUUAAGCGAGAUUGCAGAGCCAGACUCAUUCACAAUUAUUUGGAAGUAA